ACAAGUACCCCUGCUCCAACCAACAUCCAAUCUCCAGCUCCCAAAAUAUUUCCCCAAACCUUAACUUGCUCCGUACAACAACAGUUGUCACAUCACCUCACCUGCAAGAGUUUCUUCUUCCCCUUCUUUCCGCUUGUUAUGUUUAUUUCCCGUGUCAUUCUCUCGACUACAUCCUGAAACCUCUCUCCGUCGCCGCGGCGGUGCAUUGUUUGACGACUUGCGAAUUGAUUUGACUCCGUUGGCCGUCCCCGUAUCUCACCGCAACCAAAUGAUUGAGCAGCGAACGAAACGAAACGAAACGUUUAUCACGACCUCAUUGAACGCAGCGAGUUGAAAGAUACGCAAUCCUUGAUGGCCUCCUCAGAAUACGACUAUUAAUCCACUUACGAGUCUGUCCUUACCAUACUUAAUUUGCAGCUUCGGUCAUUCUGCAUGUGCCACCACAGUUUACAAUUGAUACGUCACUGCCAACGGGACUCCUUCCCGUCAGCCUUCCGCUACCGUUCGACGUAAACCGUUAACUGCGUGUUCCUCACCGGACGUACACGGCCCAUACUCGGUCUCCCUCCACGCGGCGUGGCCAGGCGGCAUCCGGCGCGGAGGGAUGCAGGCCUUGAAAGGACAAGCCGAGCUCGUGCGCAAGGCGAAGGUAUGUUGCUUAGGCGGAUCCUAUUGCGUCUUCAACAUGCAGCCUAACACGUAAUAGCUUGCUCGCUCGUAUCAGGAGCUUCUCGACGAAUUCGCAAGCCAUGACCUCAAAUCCGUUGGCAACUACGCGCUUGGGAGACUGAUCGGGAAGGGAUCUUUCGGAAAAGUCUACCUGGCGUCGCAUAAACUGACCAAUGGCUCCAAGGUCGUUCUCAAGUCUGCCAACAAGGGCGACUCGAACCUCGCACGAGAAAUUCACCAUCACCGGCAGUUCAUACAUCCACAUAUAGCAAGAUUAUACGAAGUUAUUGUCACUGAAAACAUGGUCUGGAUGGUUCUCGAGUACUGUUCUGGCGAUGAACUCUACAACCACCUGCUCGAGCACGGUCCACUCCCCGUUCUAAAAGUACAAAAGAUCUUUACACAACUCGUCGGCGCAGUUAGCUAUGUUCACAAUCAGUCCUGUGUCCAUCGAGACCUCAAGCUUGAGAACAUCCUCUUCGACAAACACGAAAACGUCAAACUGGUCGACUUCGGUUUCACAAGAGAGUAUGAGGGAAGGACGAACCACCUACAAACAUUUUGCGGCACGAUCUGCUAUUCUGCACCCGAGAUGCUCAAGGGCGAAAAGUACGCUGGUGAAAAGGUUGAUGUUUGGAGUUUAGGCAUCAUCCUUUAUGCGCUACUGUGCGGUGAACUUCCAUUCGAUGACGAUGACGAUAAUAUUACCCGGACCAAGAUUCUGAGCGAGGAUCCCAAGUUUCCUGAUAAUAUGCCCCCCGAGGCCAUUCCUUUGAUCAAGUCAUUAUUAUCGAAAAGGCCAUUGUUACGUCCAUCGUUGCCUGAGAUUCUCUCGAAUUCAUUCUUGGCUGAACAUGCCCCGACACAGAGAGCCAUUCUGGAUGUUCAGCAACCGCCCCCUUUCUCGACGCCCUUGGAGAAGGAUUGCUUGCAGAGAAUGCGAAGUUCUGGUGUCAAUAUUGACGGAGUGAUUGAAAGCGUCUUGGCACAGAAGUGCGAUGCUUUGGCUGGCUGGUGGGCUCUGUUAUUGGAAAAGGAACAACGCAAGAUGCAGCGCAGGGAGAAGAAGAGAAGAGAAAGAGAGAUCGACAGCCGCAGCAUUCGACGACUAUCCGCGGCAUCUAGUCGGCUAGAAAGAAUGGCUCCAAUCCUGCACGAAGUUGACGAGGCAAACGGCACCGGGCGGCAUUUGAGACUUGAACCGUCAAACUCCCGGAACAGGGGGAGGAGCGAGCGACGAAGCGCGCAUUACCUCGACUAUGUUGUGACAGAUCUUCCACAGCUUCCAGAAAUUGGUAGGGACUCAGGAGGAAUGAAUGAAGAUGGCGAUCGUCCUCCACCGCCUGUUGACAAAGACUCGAUAAGGUCCGUGUCGACAUCUCGCCAGCGCAGGCCUAUUCCGCCACCUAAGGAGGGUAUGAUACGCAGUGCUCGGUCUCGAGGCUCUACUCUUCACCUUGUCACGACUUCGGACGCACUGGCUUCGAAUGCCAGUGACGAGCAUCAUCAGCAGAACGGCCAUGAGAGGCCACGAAGGAGACCUAGUCAGCCGCUGAUAUCCCACUGGAAGAACAUGACACAUUGGCUUGUUGAAAGUGCGACAAGGAGGAGACGUGGCCACGCCAGACGAACCAGCCAGAGCACCCCUGACCUACACAAGAAGGAGGGGAGCACGGCCAGCAGUAAAGAUGGAAGUUCGCGACCACAAACAAGCAAAUAUCCUAACUCAACUUCGCCAGGAACACAACCAACUGCUUCACUACCGAAGGGAGUUGUGGCUAACGGCCAGAAGGCCUAUCAGGCUGGGAGCAGUACCCAACGAACGGCGUCAGGAAGUCUAGGGUCACCAACAAUCCCGCCACCUCGGAUCACGACGUCGUACAAACGACAGUCAUUGUCCCCUUCUCCUCUUACACCGAGAUCGACUGUUAGGCGGUCGUCAGCUGGACUUCGGGGCCGAAAGUCGACAUCAUCCUCAGUAUCCUCUGUUCGAUCUAUCCAUCAUCACCACCACUCCCAUUCCAAGGCGUCGUCUACGAGCUCAGCUGCUUCAUUCUCUACUUCGAUGUCCAAGACACCUCUGCAGCGAGGGCAUUCACCACACCACUCAGUCAAGGUGCUUCCAGCAACACCCACGUCAGUCGCAUUCCCAUCCAAUAUUCGUCUCGUGCGAGCCACUCCGCCGACUCUGAAUAUGUUCAAUGAAGGCAUGCCAUCCGAAGGUCCCCCACAAGCUCCAGGUUCGCCUAACCCUUUUGCAUCAGGCAUCAUGUUUGCCAAGCGAAAACGGAAUUUGUUCAAGGGCCCGACGCUAAACAAUUUUGGUGGGCCCUCUCAAGGCCAACGCAACAGUGGCUCCGGUUCGCAUUCCCGCAGUGCUAGUGCCUCUGGCCUGGGACGCCGAUCUGGAGAAAUCACGAUACAAGAAGAAGACGAGGGAUCAGAAGACGACGACGAUGUUGAAGAAGUUGAUGUUUUUAGCCCGGUAAUAGGCGGACCGGGGGAGCGGAUCGAGGAGCAGAUCUUUGAAGAGAAUGAGCCUCAGCCGAGCCUAGAACCAGCGCCUACCAUUAUUCAAAACAAGUCAGAAGGCCCGUCCACGACCACUGCGGGGAAGGCACCUGCGACUUGAUGAAAAUUCUCCGUUAGAAAGCAGUUCAACGACUUGACGAAUUAUACUAGAUAAUUUCCUGGACGACGGUGGUGGAAUCGCUUCAUUACAUGGUCCAAAAGCUCUGCGAUACAAGGCUGUUUGUGUUUCUGUUUUUAUUCGUCUCUCCGAUUCACCAGCUUUGCGAUCAUUCAUUAAAACAUUGAAUGGUGCAUAGCCCCUUAUGGAUACCUCUUUUUGUUAUAUACGAUCAUGGAACGAUAGAGCUUAACAGACUAUUAUUUAUGCGUUUGCAAAUCAGCCAGCCUUGCUUAUCUCAGACACUCGUUCUAAAUGAGAAUCUGUCAGCCAUUCAUUUUGUUUCUUGACUUGUUCGGUCUCUCUACAAGAUCCACAGCCCUUGCGUGGGCCGCUUGCAAAUAAUCUUGAGUAUCUGGUUCUUUCGUGCAUUUCGUUGUCUCGUCCCAAGAACACCGUACGCCAAUUGCUUCGUGAUACCAAAUAUUUGUGAAAACAGCCGGUCUCCUAGAAAGAAUGCGAGUGGCUUCGUCUUCGAGACUUCUUGCUCAGUAUCGCAUCUCGCUCUUCACGCAACGUGAUCCAAACCCAGAACCAUGUCAUUGUUUCGAUAAAGAUGAAUGUAAAGAAUAGGCGGUUCUUUAGCAUGUCACCGCCCCAGCCAGCAGGGCGAUAUGAUGGGUUAUACGAGCUCGGAUGCGAGAGGUGACUGCGAGAGGACUUGUCGUACAUGGGAGAUGAUGGGCCAAAAAGGAAUAUGUAGACAACGAAACCGAGGGAGAGGAACGAUCGCAAGGGAGCUGUGUGGCAAUUAGCGUCCAUCAUGAGCAGAAGUCGGGCAUAGGAUGCCAACCUUGUGUACCCCAGUGGAAAAUCAGGCAGACUUCGUCGGGCAUGGACAGGGAUACCAGAUCACUAAAGCCGACAAAGACGAGGACAGCGGCGAGGAAUGCGAGGGGAGGGCUUUGCAGUUCAAACCCUCUUGCUAGAGGCUUCAUGACGAGUCGGGUCAGCUUAAACAGGCUUCGGAGACGUCGCGACCAGCAGCCAUGC